AUGGGUUCUUUUUCUCAUAAUUGUGAAAUUGUCGAAGCAAAAGACGAGCCAAAUACAAUGCUACAACAUCAAAAAUUUCGUCAAGUAACAGCGCAAGAUGCGGAGCGGAAGCCUCCAAUCCUUAAAAAAGGAUCUAAUAAAACUCUGGAAGAUGAUAUCAAUAAGCUCUUUGAGGCAAUUGAUCUGAGAACGUGCAAGAGUCUGGAUCUCUCCGACUCGCGAAGAAAUUCCUCUAAGAAACCAAUGAAGGUCGCUGGGUCUCACUCACCCGGAAUUGGAUUUUCGGAGCCCGUGUCUUUGAAGCAGGCACUUAGGGGACUUUGCAUUUCUCAAGCAGCAGAAAUGGCUGCCUUGAGACGCUCAUCAAUGCCAUCGGCAUCACCUAGGGUCUCAGAAGCUAGUAAAAUUACAAAUUUGUACAGGACUGUUGUAGUUGAACCAGGGGAAUCUGAUUUUCCUCACUUGGGAAGUCCUGCAGUGAAAUCAGCAAAUCAAAGUGCCCAUUCUUCUCCUCAUCUUGGUGUUAAACCAAUAUUUAAGAGUGCAGGACCUACUUCUGGUGAAUCUGAUCAGCCCCUGACUGAAUAUAGGGGAGAUGGUAUCAGAAUAUCCCCGGUGCUAGAGGAAAGCAGUGCGUGUUCUUCAGAGAAGCUACCUCGAUACAUUCAAGAGCCUAAGAUGAAGUCAGCAAACAAAAGUGACAAUUCUUCUCCUCGUUUUGGUACUAAGCCAAUCAUUAAGAGUUUAGAACCUAAUUCUGGUGAAUCUGGUCAUCCCCUGGCUGAAUGGUCGGGGGAUAGUGUUGGAAGAUACCUUGUGCAAGAAGAAAGCACUGCAUGUGGUUCUAAGAAAAUGCCUCAAUAUCAAGAGCCUGUGAUGAAGUCAGUAAACCAAAGUGCACCUGCGUCUCCUCAGUUUGCCAUUGAAUCUUCUUGCAGGCAUAAUGAUAGUGCACCAGUAUCGACAGAUGUUGAAAUCCAAGAAAUGGAAGCAGGACCCUGUCAGGAGGAAAUCAACAUGUCAAUCCCUUCUCUACCUUAUUGUAAUGCUGAUUAUAAUGUCCCAAAGAGAGACAAGAACUUUACCGGAUCAAACAAGGUUGUGAGGGGUCCAAGUAAAUAUACUUCUGCCUCCAUUAAAGUAGCAAGUAAAGCGGCGCCUAAGCUCCGGAGGAAAGGAAGGUUGCAGACUUUACCAUUGUCAAGCACGGUGAAAAGCAGUAGGGAUGUCAAGUCAACAAGAAGCACUUCUUGUCCUGUCAAACCAGCUGUCCGCAACAAGAAUCUCAUUGUAAAGAAAUCAAAGAAGGUAUCAGUGUCAACAGCUGGAAAUUCUUCUGCAUCAUAUGAUGUAAGCAGUGCUUUGGAUCACAAUUCUGGCCUAUUAAUCUGUCAGAGGUGUCAGUGUUCUUUGAAGGACACAAAAAAUGAGUCUCAUAAGGACAACCCAGUAACUACCGUUGCUGAAGUGAAUACAAGUAGUAGGAAGUAUGAUGCAAUCAAAUCGGACUUCAUUCCAAAUGGCUGUGAAGUUGGUAUCACUCCCUUGGCGAAAACUAACAUGACCUCAAAAUAUAAAGAGAAAGGAGAACUUUCCCAAAGCUCAAAGAGCAGUAUCUGUGAUUUUAGUAGUAGCACUACUAGUCUCAGUGAAGACAGCAAUCUAAGUGGGUUGAGUUGUGGCAAUAGACCGCAUAUGUCUAAGAAUUUGAGGUGGGAAGCGAUCAACAAUAUAAGAAAACAAUAUGGAUUCCUAGGAUUGAAUCACUUUAAUUUAUUAAAAAAGCUUGGUUCUGGGGAUAUUGGAACAGUUUAUCUGGCUGAGCUGAUAGGAACGAACUGCUUAUUUGCAAUAAAGGUUAUGGAUAACGAGUUCUUGGCAAGAAGGAAGAAAAUGCCUAGAGCCCAAACUGAGAGAGAAAUUCUGAGAAUGCUGGAUCAUCCAUUUCUCCCGACUCUGUAUGCCCAGUUUACUUCUGACAAUUUGUCAUGUUUAGUUAUGGAGUUCUGUCCAGGUGGAGAUCUACAUGUCCUCCGACAGAAGCAGCCUGGCAGAUAUUUUCCUGAACAAGCAGCAAGAUUCUAUGUUGCUGAGGUCCUACUUGCUCUUGAAUAUUUGCACGUGCUUGGUAUUGUGUACCGAGAUUUGAAACCUGAAAACAUUAUGGUCCGAGAAGACGGUCACAUCAUGCUAACAGAUUUUGAUCUGUCACUUAGAUGUUCUGUUAACCCGACCCUCCUUAAAUCUUCUUCAUUGGGAAUGGAGCCACCAAGGAUAUCUGGUCCUUGUGCGGGGUCUAACUGUAUUGAUCCUUUCUGUGCUGGACCUUCAUGUCAGGUUUCAUGCUUUAGCCCUAGGAUUUUACAUGCCAGUGCAAAGGCAAGGAAGCAGAAAGCCGAAGCUUCUGCCCAGGCUAGAUUGUUACCGCAGCUCGUGGCUGAGCCGACUGAGGCAAGAUCCAACUCAUUUGUUGGUACCCACGAGUACUUGGCUCCAGAGAUCAUUAAAGGAGAAGGUCACGGGAGUGCAGUCGAUUGGUGGACAUUUGGUGUUUUCCUGUACGAACUUCUGUACGGGAAGACACCCUUUAGAGGUGCUGGUAACGAGGAGACAUUAGCCAAUGUGGUGUUGCAGAAUCUCUGGUUUCCCGACAGCCCAAUUGUUAGUUUUCAGGCAAGAGAUCUCAUCAGAGGUCUGUUGGUGAAGGAACCUGAGAAACGGUUGGGGACAGAGAUGGGAGCUGCCGAGAUCAAACGACACCCAUUCUUCGAUGGACUAAAUUGGGCACUGAUACGCUGCACCAUUCCACCUCAAGUUCCCGAGUUCUAUGAUACUGGAAUUUCCAAAACAGCAGAGGAGGAAAAGUAUUUGGAAUAUAGUGCUACGGGAGAGAACUUACAAUUUGAGUUGUUCUAG